AAAAAUGCGCAUAAAAACAAGUAAAUCUGUUGAAAAACUAUAAUAACUAGCGAAACAGAAUAUCGAAAAUGUCUGUGCUGCGAUUCCUGGUGACCCGCCAGGCGUUGGCUGCUCUGUCGCGGCCAAGGACCUUCAAUAUACUCCAAAAACCAGCGCCAAUCGCCUUGGCCUCCACUUUGUGCAACCAAAAUAACCAUCAGGAUCUGACCAAAUCGAGUACCAAUUUAAGUCUGACGCAAAUAAGAGGCCAUAAGCGAUUUGGCCAUCAGGAGGAAAAGACUCCAAAUGUCACUAAGUACUUCCACAUGUUCAUCCUGAGUUUGUUCCUCAUUUCGGUUAUGGAUUGGGGCAAAGUGAAGCGCCUGCUAAUGCCAAAAGUGGACGCCGAUGCUGGACAACAACCCUCCUCGGCUGCCGGCGUUAAUGGCGAGGAAAAGUCAUCCGAUUCCGAGUCGGAGGAUGGCGAGGACGAGGAUGGUGGCCAGGAUCUGCACCUGCACGAGGGCAAGAAGAUCCGCGAGAAAGUCGGUUUCCGCGAGAGGAAGAUAAUUGAGUACGAGAACCGUAUUCGGCAGUUCUCCACGCCGGACAAAGUUUUUCGCUACUUUGCCACCAUCCAGGUGCCCGUGGCUGAUGAUCGUCAUGAAGUCUACAUGACUCCGACCGAUUUUUUAACCAGCAUGACGCCCGGCAUGAAGCAACCAGAUGGAUUGGGACUGGACCAAUAUCGCCGCUAUGAUCCUAAGUCUGUUGGCGAGCAGUUAAAUCUCCAUCUGGAAAAGAACAGCAUUUUUUACAAGCUGGGUUCCUUUGGACUGAUUACAUUUUCGGACUACAUUUUCCUGCUCACGGUACUAUCAAUUUCCCGUCGCCACUUUGAGAUUGCCUUCCGAAUGUUUGAUUUGAAUGGGGACGGCGAUGUUGAUUGCGAGGAAUUCGAAAUGGUGGCCACUUUGGUGAGACAACAAACCAGCAUGGGAACCCGACAUCGCGAUCACGCUAAUACAGGAAACACCUUUAAGGGUGUAAAUUCGGCUUUAAUCACAUAUUUCUUUGGUCCCAAUAUGGAUGAAAAGCUGACGAUUGAAAAGUUCCUGGACUUCCAGGAGCAACUGCAAAAGGAGAUUCUUUCCCUCGAGUUUGAAAGGAAAGAACCCAAUGAAGAUGGAAAUAUAACAGAAGCAGAUUUUGCAGAACUUCUUUUGGCCUACGCUGGAUAUCCUUUGAAAAAGAAGCAAAAGAAAUUAAAGAGAGUGAAGAGGAGAUUCAGGGAUCAUGGCAAAGGCAUUUCUAAACAGGACUAUCUAGAUUUCUUCCAUUUCCUGAACAACGUCAACGACGUGGACACUGCCUUGACUUUUUAUCACAUUGCCGGUGCCUCGAUUGAUCAGCAAACUCUGCAGCAUGUGGCCAAAACGGUGGCUAUGGUGAAUCUUUCGGAUCAUGUCGUCGAUGUAGUCUUCACCAUCUUUGAUGAAAACAAUGACAACCAACUUAGCAACAAGGAGUUUAUUUCGGUGAUGAAAAAUCGUGUGCAGCGUGGUUUGGAGAAACCCAAAGACACUGGAUUCCUAAAAAUGAUGCGAUCGGUGUUCAAGUGCGCCAAGGAAACAAAGCCCGUUCUGCUGGAUAUCUAAAAAUCGCAACACUAUGGAUUCUCCCGCUCCAAGCGCCCCAAUCUUAGUCAUUUUUCCUACGCUUACGCUUCUUACUAUUUAUUUUUGUAGUUAACGUUUACAUAAAUCGAUUUUAGCUCAAUCUCUUUAACUGUUUGACACCCAAGCCGUUUUUUCAGAUAAGAUGAAUUGCUUUUGUAUAUUUCACCGACUCUUGUGCACUUAAUACGUUAAUUUUUUAAUAAAAAUAUAUAUCAUAAUAUUUAUAAAUAAAUACAAUUGAUAAUGCUCUGUUUAUUAGGAGCGUAACGUUCA